GUUUAUUGAGCUCGCGGAGCCACGCGCCCGGCUCGCGGAGCGUCACCCGGCGGAGGCGGAGUCUCGAGCAAGAAGCGUGCGUCUUCAAAGGGGGUGGGGUGUCGGGCGCGUGUUGAAAAAGCCGAGGGCUGCCAAAGUUUGUAUCAGAUACGAGGGACAGCGAGACUCGGACCACAAUACUCCCGACCGACCACGCGAAAGGCACGAGAGUCGUGCGUCGCCACUUUUUUUUGACAGUGACAGUGGAUUUGAGAGUUACCAAAAGAGAUGGAUACUGCAACGCAGUUGGCGCAAAGUGCAUGCAACGCGACCAUCACCCUGCAAGAGUGCGCGCUCCCGAGUCAAACCAAGUUGAAGGUGCUGAAAAGACAGCGCUCGAGUUCGCCGGAGCUUUUGCGCUGCAAGCGGAGACUCACAUUCAACGGGCUGGGAUACACCAUCCCGCAGCAGCAGCCCGUCGCGGUGGCGCGACGCAACGAACGCGAGAGAAACCGCGUCAAACAAGUCAAUAUGGGAUUCCAGACGUUGCGCCAGCACGUCCCUAACGGCGCGGCCAAUAAGAAGAUGAGUAAAGUGGAAACGCUGCGUUCGGCGGUGGAGUACAUCCGCGCGCUGCAGCAGCUGCUAGACGAGCACGACGCGAUCUCCGCCGCAUUCCAGUGCGGCGUUCCGUCACCGACACUCUCGAACUCGUACUCCGCAGAUCCAGAGUCGCCACACUCAUCCUAUUCGUCCGAUGAAGGGAGUUACGAGCACCUGAGCUCCGAGGAACAAGAGCUGCUGGACUUCACAACUUGGUUUGAUCGCUACUGAUGAGAUCCCAAACUUUCCAAGGGAACUUCUUGUGACUGCUGGAAACCCAAGUUAUUUUGUAACAUGGUUGCUAGUUUCUUUCUGGUCUGUUGACCACCUAUGGUGGUUUGUUGCUGGUCCAAGAUGACCUUAGACCAGAUUGAAACCAACUACUGUGUUUCAAAAUAGCCUAAACUUCGCAGAUGCUGACUCAGUAGUCUGCGGUGCCGUGGCUUAGUGGUUACGCUGGAAAAGGUUGUAGGUUCAAACCCCAGUGGGGUCGAUGAGCUUUUACAAUACAAGUCAAGACUAAGACGAACAUAUUUCAUAAGUGCAAUUUGUGGGGAUGAUAUGUUGAUACGUUUCUUUAUGUCCUGUUUUGCUAUUUUGAGAAACUCCCCUAGUCAAUUCCAAGAAUGUCAAGUUAUAUUGAUUACCUACAACCAACUACCAGGUCUGCUUAAGGACCUAUGUUGAAAUUUGUACAAUAACUUUUUGUAUUGUUAAAGAUGAAGAUAUAUUUUUGUAAGUGGAGCACAACAGCCUCUUUGUGACAAUGAACUCUGUUAGUUUGUUGUGAUAAUAACCAUUCCGUUAUAGAUCAAAGUUGUUUUUAACACUGGAGAAGAUUUGAUCUGUCGAUCUGUAUUUAUCAAGAUUUUAUUGUUUAGAUGUAGUUCUUCCUGUGAAUCCGUACAUGGCAGAUUUUUUUCAAUGCACUUGUCCAUUUUUAGUAGUGUACAUAAGUGAUUUAACAAAUAUAUUUUGUGGAAAUGUUUUUAUAAAUAAAUCUGCUCUAUUUAUGAAUA